AGAAAGAUUUAUCCAUCACGCAUCUCAACAAACAAAAAUUAUGAACAUUGUUCAUCACGCAUUUCAAUGAACACGGCACUGAAAGCUUUGAUUGAAUUGUCUUUAAACGGCAGGUUCCUUAUCCAUAUCCAACCGUUAAGAUAAAAUAGGUAGUUGACAUGUAGAAAGAAAUGAGCGUCGGAUCGAUGUUGUAAGAGACUAUAAAUUAUCGAUCAAUUCAACACCCAGAACUAUUUGUUUUGACCGAUCGAUUUGCCGCUGAGAAAAAAAACCAUUUUAGCCAUUAUAUAUCGCUCACGGAGAAUAGAGAAUACAAGCUUAUCCGGUUUCGUCAACUAAACAAUGGAGAGCAAAAAUUGUGAAGAUUCCAUUGCAAGGCGAGCACGAAUUGUUGCAGAACAUCUUCAACCCCAUGUGCACGGACGUAAUGGAGUCGGAGUUGAGAGAUUUUCAUGCUUGCAAUAUUGUCCACCAGAAAUUGCUUUAGAGAAACCCACUUUUAAUAUUGGUGCUAUGAGAGAAUUGAUGCAUGGUCACAAUGUUGAAGACCGGGACUGGAUUUUCAACUUGAUGGCUAAUAGUGAUCUCUUUGUUGUGAAGAAGAAAGCUGGAAAAGUAUAUGCUAUCCCAGAUUACAAUAAGCCAAUGGAACAUCAGCGUGAAAUGACCAUGAAGAGAAUUCGUUAUUUGUUAGAGAAGGGUGUUUUUAAAGGUUGGCUGACAAACACAAGUUCAGAGCGUGAAACAAAGAGACAAACGGCAGUUAAUGAAUGUUUGGGAAUAUAUGAUCAUUCAUUAGGUAUAAAACUUGGUGUACACUUUCAUUUAUGGGGUGGUGCAAUCAGGUUCCUUGGUACAAAGAGACACCAUCAAAAGUGGCUACAGGACACUGAAGACUUUGUUGUGAUAGGAUGCUUUGCUAUGACUGAGCUUGGACAUGGCAGUAAUGUCCGUGGAAUUGAAACGAUCACCACUUACGAUCCUUCUACUCAAGAAUUUAUCAUUACCACGCCUUGCGAGUCUGCCCAAAAGUACUGGAUUGGAGGAGCUGCAAAUCAUGCCACCCAUACAGUAGUCUUCUCCCAACUUCUUAUUAAUGGAAAGAAUGAAGGUGUGCAUGCAUUCAUUGCACAAAUAAGAGAUAAAGAGGGGAAUGUAUGUCCAGGAAUUCGAAUUGCUGACUGUGGUCACAAAAUUGGCUUAAAUGGAGUCGACAAUGGACGAAUUUGGUUUGACAAUUUGCGUAUACCACGUGAAAACAUUUUGAACUCUGUUGCUGAUGUAUCUCCAGAUGGCAAUUACCAAAGUCCAAUAAUUGAUCCUGAUCAGAGAUUUGCUGCUUUCAUGGCCCCUCUAACAACUGGCCGUGUAACAAUUGCAGUUAGUGCUAUCUAUCAGUCCAAGAUUGGAUUAGCAAUUGCAACUCGAUAUGCACUGACAAGACGGGCUUUUAAUCUACAACCCGAUGAGCCAGAAAUAUUGUUACUUGAUUACCCAUCACAUCAGCGGCGUUUGCUUCCUUUGCUUGCAAAAACAUAUGCAAUGAGUUGUGCAGCUAAUGAUCUCAAGAGGAUAUAUUGGAAAAGGACCCCUUCUGAUAGCAAGACUAUUCAUGUUCUUUCUAGUGGAUACAAGGCUAUGUUCACAUGGCACAACAUGAAUACAUUGCAGGAGUGCCGUGAGGCGUGUGGUGGUCAAGGUCUAAAAACAGAAAACCGCAUAGGCAACCUCCUGGGUGAAUAUGAUGUUCAAUCCACAUUUGAAGGAGACAAUAAUGUUCUCAUGCAACAGGUUAGUAAGGCACUAUUUGGAGAAUAUUAUGCUGCUCGUAAGAAGCAAAAACCCUUUAAGGGAUUAGGUCUAGAGCACAUGAAUAAUACCCGCCCUGUAAUUCCAGCAGUUCUGGAUAGUUUUACAUUGCGAAGCGUAAAAUUCCAAGUUGAUAUUUUCCAUUUGAGGGAGCGUGAUUUGUUGGAACGUUUAGCAAUGGAAAUAUCUCAAGUUGUAUCACAAGGCAAAAGUAUAACUAUUGCUUUCACCAUGAGUUACAAGCUGGCAGAGGACUUGGGGAGAGCUUUCUCUCAACGAGCAGUACUAGAUUCCAUCAUUUCUGCAGAGGACAAACACAGUCCUUCUGAUUCGAUGAAGGAUGUUCUAGGACUGUUGAGGACCUUAUAUGUCUUGGUCAGUCUUGAAGAAGACAUUUCAUUUCUCAGAUAUGGAUAUUUAACACCACGACAGACACAGGUGAUCCAGAAGGAAGUGGGAGAUUUGUGUAAGGAUCUACGACCACAUGCACUGGCCCUUGUUGAUUCCUUUGGAAUUCCUCAGCCGUAUCUCAGUCCAAUUGCAUUUGACUGGGUUGAGGCAAAUUCAUGGGAAUAAGUAUGGAUGCAGUCAGUUCAAAUCUAAGCAGCCAGAGAAUUAAAUCUACGCUUGGGCUUAUUGGAUUAGGUGAAAUUUUUUUAUUUAUCGAAUGUAAUUAUGAUAUUGACUUGAGGAAUAAUUGCUAGGCCAUGUCUUCAGCAGGGAUAAUAUUGGAUUCAACUUUUAGCAAUAAUUUUCUUGGGAAUUUGUGCAAAUCAGAUUUUGUCAAGUUGACCUUAAAUUGUCUGUUUUUGCAAUAAAAAUAAAAUAAGAUGGUUUGUGGCA